AUGGUUCUAUUGAUUCAAAAGCACCGCCGCAUCGAAGCCGGUAGAUUGAGAUCGAGGGCUGAGGACAACCAAAACUCUGGAAUCGAAAUGGGUAAUCCGAGCCGAUCUGUGUACAUCCACAUUAAUGGGACACGGGAAGAUCCCACACCAAAAGCGCCCGGGCAGUUUCAUCUCAACGAGCGGGUAGGAGAAAGUCGGCUAGAAGCGAUCUGGACUAAUCCAUCGGAAAGCUUCGUCGAACGAAGUGGAGGCUUAAGUUCGAUCGGAUUCAAAACAGAUCCCGCGGUGGUUCGUGGCGCGUCAAUCCCUGUCCCCUCUACGGGGUCACUAUGGAGACUGCGGAUCGAGCCACCGAUUCGCGCCGGGAAAGGGUUGGAGAUGGUUUGCAAUAUCCCCGGCACAGAGGUUCAGGGCUGCUAUGUCACAAGCAAAAUUCUCUUCGUGUUUUGCAUCUUCAGUCCUAACUGA